UAUAAUUUAAUCUAUAAAUACACAUUCUCCUCUUAUGAUCAACAGUUUUACUAAUCCAAAGUCAAUGCAAUAAAAACCAUCAAAAGCCAACUGUUGUUCGAUCAUCAUCAUCCAAAUUAAGAAUCUGCGGUGUACCAUCAUCAUCGUCAUCGAAUCGUCCAAAUAAGUCUUUAUUCGAUCGAUCUAAUUAAUGGAUUCUUUAGGCACUUCGAGCAGCAAUGUCGUCAAUGAAGCAGGAGAUUCACAACAAUAUACCCCGCACCUUGGUCAGAUUCCUAUAUCCAACUUUGUGUCUAUUAAGCUCUCUGGUGAAACCAACUAUGAUCUCUGGAAGAAACAAAUGAUGUGCCUCUUGGAGUACCAUGACAUGGUUUAUUUCAUUGACGGCACGAUGAGAAACCCCAUGCAUGAUGAAUGGAAUAAGUGGAAAGAUACACUUGUGAAAGGAUGGAUCUUUGGGACGUUAAGUGAAGAUGUGUUGGCCACUGUUUUAGAUCUCCACAAUGCCUAUAGAGUAUGGGAAAAGCUUAAGAAUAACUACGAUAAUUCUACAAGGCUUCGGGCCAUGGGGGCUCAACUUUACACAAAGAGAGAUAUCAGCAUCAUAGGGAAAAGAAAAUCUGCGACAGAGUACAUACCAUUACAUAGAGCUAUUAUAAGGGGAGACUGGGAUAAAGCCCAAGAGUUUUUUAACAACGACAGAGCUGCAUUGACAGCCAAAGUCAAUACGGAAGGUGAUAGCCCACUUCACCUUGCUAUCACUACAUGUCAGAAUAUCCAGUUUGUUGAAAAUCUCCUAAUGGAGAUAAACCCGGCAUCACUUCCAAGUCUUGUGAGUUAUAAUCAAGGCGUGAGUGUACUGCAUUGUGCUGCAAUAGUUGGCAACACCAAGGCUGCAAAGAUGUUGGUGGAGAAAAACCCCUGUUUGUUAUUUGUUGUCGACGAAUUGGGUUACUUACCUAUCCUUAGAGCUAUCCACAAUAAUCACAAGAUAACUGUCUUAUACUUGCUUGAGGCUUGCAAAAUUUAUAUUGAUCUCUCCCAAAUCGAUGGUUAUCAAAAUCCCUUUGAGGGAGAGCACGGUUCAUGGAUUCUUGGUGGAUUGAUCAAUCUGGGAUAUCAUGAUAUUGCAUAUGAGUUGAUCAAUGAGUACUCUGACUUGGCAAUACCAGAGGACGUGACUGAUACUCCAUUGAUGUGUAUAGUGAAUCAACGAGACCUAUAUUAUAGUGCAACGCGAUACAACUCCUACCAAAGAUUUGUUUACUCUCAUUUGCCGACGGGGAACAACAUUGUAGACAAUGCAGAUAACAUGAUCUCGGAUAUUGAAAACCCUGAGACAUACAACACCAAGUUUGUCACCAAGUGCAAGAGGAGCUACUUUAAUACUGUCAUUCAGAUGAUUUAUGUCAAUAUUUGGAAAGCUGCAUUACUGCAUGUGCCACAUAUCAAGCGCCUCGAGGAAGACAAACUGAAGCACAAUAAAGGUAUGAUGAUACUAGAGCGUAUAUGUGAAGAAAUCGCUAAAAUAAAUAAUGUGGCUGAGAUUUACAAUCACAUUUGUGGGGCCUUUAAUAUAGCUGUAUUAAACGAUACUCCUGAGGCUGUUGAAACAAUCGUUAGAUUUUUCCCACAAGCAAUUUAUACAAGGAACGAGGAUCAAUUACUUUCACAAGUUGUAGCAAGACGCCGUUGUGAGAUGGUUUAUAACUAUUUAGAAGAUCAGGUGAAUGGAAGCAAUGAUCUACUUCGGAUAGCCUAUGACAAGACGGAUAAUAAUAUUUUGCACUUGGCUGGACUAUUGGCACCUAUAGAAAAACUCAAUGUGGUUUCUGGUGCUGCUCUGCAAAUGCAAAAGGAGGUACAAUGGUUUAAGAAAAUAGAGAAAUUUGUGGUUCCUAGCUCUAAGGAAAAAAGGAACCAAAAUGGAGAUACCCCAAUUAUGGUUUUUCGAGAAGAACACAAGCAACUAAGAAAAGAAGGUGAAGAGUGGAUGAAAAAGACAUCAGAUUCGUACACAAUCACGGCCGCUCUCAUCAUUACUAUCGUUUUUGCAGCAGCCAUUACUAUACCAGGUGGUAACAAUGGAAAUACCGGGAAACCAAUUUUUGAGACAAAAGCCAGUUUCAUCAUAUUUGCAGUCUCGGAUGCAAUCUCAUUGUUCACAUCCACCACGUCCUUAUUGUUGUUUCUAUCCAUUCUCACAGCACGUUAUCACGAGGAUGACUUUCUCUACAAGUUACCUAAGCGAUUAAUAUUUGGUCUAGUGAUGCUAUUCUUGUCUGUGACAUCCAUGAUGGUAGCAUUUAGUGCAACACUGUAUAUUAUGUUUGGACAGGGAAAGGAAUGGAUCCUAAUUCCGAUAGCCGCAUUAGCAUGUCUGCCAAUUGCUACAUAUGUGAUAUUACAGCUUCCGUUGCUUGUUGAGCUCAUCUCUUCAACAUAUGGUCGCGAAAUCUACAGUAAAAGAAGUGAUAGUAGGAAUAAAUAGCACCAUUAGGGGCCAUGUCUUCAUUGUAAUGACUUCAAUUGUGAGUUAUUGCCUUUGUACAAACAAUCUUCUGUAAUUUGAUAAUGUAAGUAAUGCACAUGUCUUGUAACUUUUUUUUACAA